AUGGCUCUGAAACUUGAUAUGUCCAAAGCAUAUGACAGAGUCGAGUGGCCUUUUUUGCAGAGUGUUCUUCAGAAGAUGGGGUUCCCUCCAUCAUGGGUAUCUCUGAUUAUGAGUUGUGUUACUACUGUGAGGUUCUCUAUUAUGCUUAAUGGGAACCCCCAACCUAGAUUUGUCCCUUUUCGGGGUUUGCGUCAGGGUGACCCCCUUUCGCCUUAUCUUUUUAUUAUGUGUGGGAAAGUGUUCUCAGCUCUGAUUGAGAAGAGUAUUGCAUCUAGAAUGUUGCAUGGUAUUAAAGUGGCAAAUAGAGCCUCUGUGAUUUCUCACCUUCUUUUUGCAGAUGAUAGCAUUAUCUUUGCUAGAGCUAAUUCUCAGGAGGCGGAGUGUGUCCUGGACGUCUUGUCCACCUAUGAGAAGGCUUCCGGUCAAGUUAUUAACCUUGAUAAGUCCAUGUUCUCAGUUAGCCGCAAUGUGCCUCAGAAUGGUUUGGAUGAGCUAAAACAGCUUUUGAAUGUUAAGGCAGUGGAGAGCUUUGAUAAAUAUCUUGGUUUACCAACUAUGAUAGGUAAGUCUAAGACUCAGAUCUUUAAUUUUGUUAUAGAUCGUGUCUGGAAGAAGCUCAAAGGGUGGAAGGAGUCCACGCUUUCCAGAGCUGGUCGUGAGGUUUUGAUUAAAUCUGUUGUACAAGCGAUACCAUCUUAUGUUAUGUCAUGUUUUAUUUUACCUGACUCUGUUUGUGCAGAUAUUGAAAGGAUGGUGUCCAGGUUUUAUUGGGGUGGCGAUGUCGAAAAGAGAGGCCUACAUUGGGCUAGCUGGCACAAGUUAACGAGAUCUAAAUUUGAUGGUGGCCUUGGUUUUCGUGAUUUUAAGUCGUUUAAUAUUGCCCUUGUGGCUAAGAAUUGGUGGAGAAUUUUUUCUCAUCCGGAAACUUUACUUGCUCCGGAAAUUUAUAUUUUUAAGGGAGUUUAUUUCCCGCAUGGUGAUUUAUUGGGUGCAAAACUUGGCUACCGCCCAAGCUAUGCAUGGUCCAGUAUUAUUAAGUCCAAUUGGAUUUUCCAUGAAGGGGGCCUUUGGAGAAUUGGAGAUGGUAGCAAGGUUGAUAUCCUUCAUGAUAAAUGGUUACCAAAUGGGGCUCCUGUUAUUUGUAGGCAGGAUUUAAUGGCUGAACUUGGGGUGUCUAAGGUCACUCAUUUGAUUGACCAUGCGUCCAACUCAUGGAAGCAUGACCUGGUGGAUUUUAUUUUCCACCCAGCUACUGUUUCCAUUAUUUUACAAAUUCCUUUGCCUUUGCAUGGUGGUAUUGAUACUCUUAUGUGGCCUGAAACUGUGGAUGGCAAUUAUUGUUCCAAAUCUGGAUAUGUUUUUGUUCGCAGGAAGGUUCUUGGUGCUUGCUCUUCAACAUCUUCUCAGUCUUCGCUUUCUGCACCCUUGUGGAAGAAGUUUUGGCGUAUCGAUGCUCAGCCCCGUUGCAAGGAGGUGGCGUGGCGUGGCGUGUGGUCUCUGAGCUUCUGGUUUGGUUCUCCUUUAUCCCUUCGGUUGAACAGGUUUGGAAACAUGGAGGAAUUUUUGGCUGAUUUUCUCCCUGCGGCAGAUGAUGAUGCUCUCACGGUUUGGCAGGCAGGUGUGUAUGCUCUUUGGGAGGCGCGUAACCGUGUUGUUUUCCAGGGUGGUGAGGUGCCUGUCCCGGUUGCUGUUGUGGUACAACGCUGUUGUAUGCUAGCUGCUGCUCCCGUCGUGGACGCAGCCGUGGUGCCCAGACCAAGCCCGACGCUACCAUCUUCUUAG